AUGAAGUACACCAUUACCCCAACGACACAACUGUCCAUUCCACUCGCGGUCAUUCUCAUCUUCACUCUGUCUUUCUCACUCGUCCCCCUCGUCUCAGCAGCACCAUACCGCCACCGCGUUGCCCACUCGGAUGCCCACUCGGAUGCCCACCCAAUCCAGCACCUCCACAGACAUGGAGUAAAUAACGAGACGGCUAGCACGGUUGCCAUACUGCCCGUUGAUGUGAAAAGUGGUGAAACAGAUGAGGAUAACUAUAGAAGAGAUGGUGGAGAGAAAGAAGAAGGUAUAGAUAUUGAAAUGCCAGUCAAGUUCACGCCGCGUACUAUUGUUGUGCAGUGGGUUGUUGAUCGAAUUGUGGCGAGAGUUCAGGAACGAGGAAAGGAUGGGGACGGGGAUGAAGAGAGCUUGCCAGACAAUACAGUUGAGGAAAAUGAGUCAGAUGACGAUGAACAGGUUAAGAUGGGAGACGAAAUAGAAGAGCGAACUUCAUCAAACGAAGAUAGUAUAAGCAGCAAAAACACACAGCAACAAGCCCGUACGGACGAAGAUCCGCACGAGAAAAUACGGGACAUUGCCAGAACUGGAAGGAUGCAGGAGAAUAAUAGCAUGGAAGGACUGUCCAGUCCGGAUGCGAGGAUAAGAUCCGAGGACGGAGAGAGUGGAGAGGGAACAGAACACAAAACCGAGAAACGACAACCAUGCACUAGUGGGCCUGGGCCAGAUGAUGCGGGUAGGGAAGAGGGGAUGGCGAUAUUGAUGGGGUGGACGGCGUUGGUGGGGUUGGUUGGGAUACUUGCUAUCGCACCUGCUGGGUAG